AUGCAUUUUUGUGUAAAUGAUGGGAAUAUAAUUCCGUUCAGUUCGCCUUUUCAUGUUAUUGCGAUGGCUUACUCGAAGUUCAUUGGAAACUUUGCUAAGCACUUGACGACUGGUUCAGAUAGGUUUCACAUAGACAUAAUCCCACCGCUUACUUCCAUCAUCACAAUAAAUAUUAUUCCCAAAUAUCUAUCAGACAUCGUAGCUCUAAAAGGGUUAAGCACGAAUAAGACUUGGGUCAGUAGCAAUUUACGUCAAUGGCUUUAUUGUAUCUUCUUAUAUCUUAAUGCUAUAUGUGUAGCAGAUACAUGA